AUGCGGCUGCAACGUCUGGCAUCACAGUUGUUACCGCUUUUACUUCUCCAUGCUUCUGUGUGUGCGCACCUUGCGAACACACUCUCGCGGAAUAUCAAAUGUACCGCCAACGAGAAGCAAGCGCAGGGGCUUCAACAAGGAGAUGAACUCCUCCAGAGCAGUCAAAGCGCAGAUGCUGAGUGUGGCGGCCGUUCCCGUGUCGCGAGAGGUACAAAAUGUGGAAACGGCAGCCGGAAGAAUAUUUUUAACAAAAGUGAGGGCACAACAGGGCCCAACAGCAGCAGGGAGUGCAGCAGCAACGGCCAGCACAGGGGGUUCGUGACCGAUGAAGCUGGGGGCCCUUCAGGGUCUCGUGAGUUCAGCAAACCAUGGAAACAGCACCUCGAUGGUUGCAAGGGUGUGCCAAGCCAGAAAGUGCUACUGUUUCAGCAGCUUGGAAUCAACCAUCUUGCCCCGCUUCUACUGCGUUCUUUCGGUUUCCUACACUCCCCGCUGCAUCUGCCAGUGCUCCUUAAGAGAUUGAAGGGUGUGCAGCAUGGGGUGAGUGAUGCUGGCGAGGCGAGAGGCAGCAGCAGGGGCGGUUGGUGGUCAUUCGGACUUGAGUGGGAUGCAGCAGUGCCGUUGCUGCGUUAUUUUCUUUCUUUUCUGCCGUUCUUGUUGCUCCUGCUCUCUUCCCUGUUGCUUCUACUCACCUCCCGCAGUAGGACCAGUGGCACAGUUGAUGCUGCUACUGAAGCUGCAAAAACAGUGUCACAGGCGCGACGCAGCAACAGCGAUGCUGCGUACGCUGCCUUGCUGCUGCUGCUGCCUACCUCCUACAGCAGAGAAAGCAAAAAUGGAGGGAAGCGAAGUGUUAUGCUCUUUUUGUUGAUAAUAGCCACGGCAGCCAUUGCGGCGACACUUGCGGGAACGGCAGCAGACAGUCUGAAGGCAGCUGGCUGCGAAGCCCCUCUGGCUUUUGACGCAUUCUCUGGCCUACAGCAGGAGCAACGCAAGGGGUCACGACUGCAGACAGGUCUUUCUGGCCUCCUUGAAGGCCUACGCCAGCUUCCUACAAACUGGGAAUCUACAGCGCCGGCUACUAUUGCUGCAGCGCGAGGAUAUGCCGCAGUUCAUCCUACAGUACCUAAUGCAGGAAAUGCUGCUCCCCCUGCGUCCACUGCUGCGUCAGAUCUGGAAGAGCUGCUACAGAAGGGUGCAGCAGCAGCGCAGCAACUGAGGAAGACCUGGCUGGGUUCUCAGUAUGUGCUGCUUCAGGCGGAAACAAAAGUGCAGCUGCCGCCGCCACAACAGCAGUGGCGCCUGUUGCAGGGCAAGGCUCUUCUAAGACGGUCAAAGCGCUUUCUAUCCGCGCUGUUGCCAUUGCAUCGUUGGAGCAGGUGCAACGACAACACAGACGAAAGCAGCAGCAGCGGCAGUACCAACCAGUCUCCCGGAGAAGCGAACAACAAGAGCAACGGGAGCGCGUACGGUGCAGCGGAACAAUUUUUCUUCACGCCUAUACCAGUUCAUAGUCGAACUGAUUUAGAUACAGAUGACCUCCAAAAGGAGCAGCAGUUCGCAAUUCCUACUGAAAGGCAGCAGCAGGGGUUGCUACGUUGCAUGGGUGCAGAGGAGCUCGCUGCUGCAGCGUCUGCAAUCGGGGAUGCACUGGAUUGUGCGCUGAAGCAACACGUGCUGAUGAGGCAGUUCGUUGAUGGAGUUCUAGAGCCGAAUCAGCUGGUGCAGCAAAAGAAGGAGUUGUUGCAAAUACAGCAGCAUGUAGAAGAUGCGCUGCAACACGGGCUUCCUCAGUUAUGGGAAUUCGUGAGGCUGCUGCUGCAAGCCAGCAGCAGAAGCGCGGAAGAACUGCUGCGACUGAUGCCACUGCUGCUGCUGGCUGCAGUUAUCGUGGCAGCAGCAGCAGCAGCAGCAUCUUUUGUGAGGCAGCUCGCUGCUGAACAGCCGGUGGGGAAGCUGUACGCUGCAUGCAGCAGUUGCUGGAGGGCGUUUGGGGCAUGCUGCUGCAUUGGAGCCAGCUUGCUGCUGCUGGCAGCGGCUGUUUCUGCGGACUCUGCCAAUCUGCUGAAAUCAUUGUUGCAAGAUCCCACGAUGCUGCCGCGCUAUUUCCCUCUGGGGAACGAUAUGCUUGAGGGAAUGCUGCUACGCAGCAUGCAACAGCAACAAGAUACCCCGGAAGGCCAACAACAGCAAAGCAGUGUUGCAAUGCUACCAAUUCCCAAGACGCAGGAGCUUGAGCAAGUGGUGGAAACUCUAGGCAACAGCAGCCACAGCAAAGAUCUAGCGGACAACAUCUCCAUGCUUCAGCUACAGUUAGAAGGACAUGCUGGAGAUGACUGGUUGGUCAAUGCUGAGUUUGUCAAGUGUUACUCCAGAGUCCUUACGGGAUUCUGUAGGGCUCCACCGGGAGCUCAUUUCUUGGCUUUAAAAACCUGGGGGCCACUUCCUCAAGGAUGCGUCAAUCCACAGCCCUUCCAGAAGCCUCGGGCAGCAACAGCAGCGUCAGCCACUGUUACUGCUGCGGCAGCUGCUGCAAGAGCUGCUGCGAGGGUCAUAAAGAGCCAAAUUAGUCGACUGCUACCACAAUGGCGCAGCAAACAGCAACAAACUCUCCACCUGCAGCCCCCGGCCCCUUGCUACAUCGUAUCACAAGAAAUAGAAGACAGGGAACUACUGAGCAGGUUCGGACAUUUUAUCUCUCCGAAGUCUACAGCUCGCCUGGUGUCAAUAUUUUCUCUCGCGCGCCGAGUUGAUGCUGCUCAUGCGUUCAUAAAAGGACGCAAUAAAGCGGUUAUCGGCCUUCUGCAGCAGAUAGCCACAGGUGUUGAGGCCAUGAACUUGUCGAUGCAGCGCAGCAUGGCAGUCGCAGAGAUUCUACGACCCCUAGCGCAUCAACAACGGCAAUUGGAGCAGGGCAAUAGUGCGCUGGAGCGUUAUGAGACAUUGGUCCUUCUAGGGGCUUUGCAGGAAUGCGAAGCCCGACGAGUACGGCAGCUGCAAGAAGACCGCAAUUGGCCACAUUGCUGUGUGACUGCUGAGGCCCACGGGAGCUUUGGCGAAAGUCAACAGUAA